GCAGAUAUCCCUUAUCAUCAACAAAUAUAAACAAUAAACAAGCAUAAAUAUGACCACCAAAAUACCAGAACAGUCAUUGAGGCAAUUUCGCCUAAAUAAAAUCAGUGAAAUUUCUAAUGUUCUUGAUGAAUGUGACAAAACAAUAGAAGACCUUUCAGAAAGACUUGAAUGGGACAAAAAACAACUGCUUGCCGAGGUAUUUAAUAUUCUGUAAUUUCUGUGGAUUGUGUCUGUGGUGAUGAGCCAGAUGAGGAGACUCGAGAGACUUCAUGAUGAUGAUCAUCAACCAUCCCCCCGGUCUCAAAUGGAUUGUCAUCGUUGAGACCUUGACGAAUACCAGAUUACAGCAGAUUACCAGUCAUUUUACAUUAUUAAACUAACAGACACUAACUCGUGGACAAUAUUACUAUGAAUAAAACUGCAGUAAAAUCCAAAGAAACACAAACCGAAAUGACAUCAUACUGUAGUUUUUACCAACACUGAUUACAGGCAUUACACACUGACACUGUGUAUUAACCCUGCUCAUUUUUAUGCACAAAUUGAUACUAUGUGUAUUAGACCUGAGUCCUUAUUAGAGAGGUCACUAUUGUCAUAGGGAGGUGUCUUUAUUAGAGAUUCGCACACCUGACCCUAGCUUUUUUAAAAGGUUCUUGCACGGGUCAGGACAAAAAAUAAGCCAUCUUGAACAUCAGUGAUACCACUAUGACCACAAUGCAAAGUGCUACGGAAACGUAAUAAGGGGAAUCAUCAACUAGUCAUUGUCUUUGAAAAGUGUCUGUUUUCAUCUAAAGAUGUGCACAUACUGUAUCAGAGAGAUUCUAGAGGGUGUCCACAUAAAAGAGGUGUCCAUCUUAGAGAAAUGUAUGUGUUAGAGCAUGUCCAUAUUAGAGAGGUAUCUGAAUUAGAGAGAUGUCUGUGUAAAAGGGUGUACAGAUUAGAGAGAUGUCUGUGUUUAAGAGGGUGUCCAAAUUAGAGAGAUGUCUGUGUUUAAGAGGGUGUCCAAAUUUAAUUAGAGAGGUGUCUGAAUUAGAGAGAUGUCUGUGUUUAAGAGGGUGUCCAAAUUAGAGAGGUGUUCAAAUUAGAGAGAUGUCUGUGUUUAAGAGGGUGUCCACAUUAGAGAGGUGUCCGAAUUAGAGAGAUGUCGUGUUUAAGAGGGUGUCCACAUUAGAUAGGUGUCCGAAUUAGAGAGAUGUCUGUGUAAGAGGGUGUCCGCAUUAGAGAGGCGUCCGAAUUAGAGAGAUGUCUGUGUUUAAGAGGGUGUCCACAUUAGAGAGGUGUUCGAAUUAGAGAGAUGUCUGUGUUUAAGAGGGUGUCCACAUUAGAGAGGUGUCCGAAUUAAAGAGAUGUCUGUGUUUAAGAGGGUGUCCACAUCAGAGAGGUGUCCGAAUUAGAGAGAUGUCUGUAAGAGGGUGUCCACAUUAGAGAGGUGUCCGAAUUAAAGAGAUGUCUGUGUCAGAGGGUGUCCACAUUAGAGAGGUGUUCGAAUUAGAGAGAUGUCUGUGUUUAAGAGGGUGUCCACAUCAGAGAGGUGUCCGAAUUAGAGAGAUGUCUGUAAGAGGGUGUCCACAUUAGAGAGGUGACCAUAUUAAAAAGAUGUCUGUGUUAGACCAUUAGAAUUUAGAGGGUGUCCAAAUUAGAGGGGAGUCCAUAUUAGAGAGAUGUCUGUGUAAGAGGGUGUCCACAUUAGAGGUGUCUGUAUUAGAGAGAUGUCUGUGUAUGAGGGUGUCCACAGUAGAGAGGUGACCAUAUUAAAAAGAUAUCUGUGUAAUUAGACCAUAAGAGUUUAGAGGGUGUCCAAAUUAGAGGGGAGUCCAUAUUAGAGAGAUGUCUGUGUAAGAGGGUGUCCACAUUAGAGAGGCGUCUGUAUUAGAGAGAUGUCUUUGUCAGAAGUUGUGUCUUAGAGUGGUGUCCAUAUUUGAGUUGUCUGCUAAAGUGGUGCCUAUUUCAGGAAAAUAUCUUAAGAGGUUUGACUCCAGUACAAGUUUGGUUUACAAAAUUUAGCCAGGUUUAAAAUAUUGUCAAAAUACUGUAUUCGUAUAUAUUUUUCAAGCGGUAGUUGCCAUACUCGCAUCAUUCAUUAUCCAAUUUAAAAUAAUUUCACAAUUCUUGCAGCAAAACAUCAAAAGAGCACAGUGCCCAUUUAACGUUCAUCAUGUCAUGACAAAAGGUGAUCUCGACAACCACAUACAAAAAUGUCGUAUGAAGCAGAUGGGUUUUGCACCUUGUGAGGUAUACCCAUCAUUUGAAUUUUCUUGUUUUGUCCAUACUUGCUAUUUAGUGAUUUAUAAUUUCCAUUCAACCUUAGAGUUCAUCCAAAUUCUACGACAGCACAUCUUCAGUAGUUUCAAUUACUACAGAUGUUACAAGUACAUGUAAGUCUAUAUUUUGUCAUCUAUAGUGGAACAUCUAGUACUGGCCUUAUCAGAUAUGUACUGACAUAAAUUUAUGUUGAGUUUUUCAUCUAAGAUGGGAAUCGUGUGUAAACCAAAUUUUUGUUGAGCAUGUUGGUGUUGAUCUUGUCUGACAUAUGAGUUUUUCAUCUUCAAUGUAAAUCAGUUUUCUAACAUGCAUUUGGCUAUAUGCAUGCAUACCAUGUGUAUAUUGGUCCAAAAUUUGGAUCUGAUAUGGACCUGCUGUUUCCAGUGGUAGUUUUGCCAUUUAGCAUAUGGUCAUUGCUACACAACCCCUUACUAAAGCAAUUAGGUUAAUUGCCAUAGAAAAUCAAUGCAUUAUAAUCUAUUAACCCUUUAAGUGGCAUUGCACUUUCAGAAUUACUACCCUACUUUAUUAAUUGUACUCCAGUCUAAUGCCAGACAGUUUUACUUGUCAAGGGGGGACUUGCCACUCAGUGAUUUAAUCAAACUAUCUGCCCAUGCAUCUUUUAAAAGCCUUUAGGUGGCAAUGCACCGUGUCACUGAUGCAACCUACUUUGUUAUUUCACCUUGACGUACUACGUCUAAUGCCAGAUGAUUUUACUUGUCAAGGGAAUGCCAGCUGCGGGCUGCUGCCACUCAAAUGGGUUAAUAUUAUUGUCUAAUAUUGAAAGUGUUUUAAUAUUAAACAGCAGAAGGCAAUCACAGAGAUCUGGUUAUACCUUCUGAAUAUCAUGUAUAUAUGCACACACCUGAUGAAAGACUAAGUCAUUAUGAUAAUGACAUUAAGGUAAAAGAAUUAAAACAUCACAGUGUUUGAACGAAAAAUAACCUCUUACCACCAGUUCUUAAAAAGAGAGGAGGUUUGUUCCACCAUUAAACAACACCCACCACCACCGGCAGUAACUCUAAAAAUCAGCAUAAUUUAUAGUCAACAAUUAUAUAUAUAUAUAAAACAACAUGGAGAAACAACAUAAACAUUAACAACAGCAUCCUAAGGGAGUAUGGGUCACCACUGAUGUAUAUAAUAUUGUCCGGUUAUUCAAUUGGUUGAUUAUAGAAUUUUCUAAAGAUUGAGUCACAAAGACUGGUUGGGUUUAUCCCCAUAUGUUAUCACAUAUACUUCUCAAAUUCAGUAAUAAUUCAUGAGUAAUUCAGCCAAUGAUAAUCACCUAUUUGAUCACAAGAUGCCAUUUGGAUACUUGAUGAAAGUUACUAGUGUUUUCAUCAAAUAUCUUAAUUACGCAUGCAAAAUUACUUGAAUAGAAUUCCUAGUCACGUUAUGCUUGGUUAAGAAUUCUAUUCAAAUCAGCAAACGAAAACAUUCUGUUACGUCUCAAUUCAUUUGAGAAGCCAUAUAAACAACUCGAGCUCGUGUCUCACCGGGACAUCCAAACACUCGAAAACAAUGUAUGAAAACACUCGCGCUUCGAGCUCGUGUUCUCAUACAUUGUUUUCUCGUGUUUGGAUAUCCCGGUGAAACACUCGCUCUCGUUGUUCAUAUAUUACAUAAUGCAUGUACGCUCCGCGUUCCUAUUUGUUCAGAUUUUUUCCAAGGUCUUGAAUUUCUUUGUGCAUCUUCAUGACAAUAAUGUGUCAUGUAUACAUCCCUAUUAUUUUUUAGAAUACUUAGUAAACAAUUCACGAAAAUAUUCUAGAUAGAAAGCUACUGUUUUAUGAAUCAAUAUUUUAGAUCACAAGCUCCAAACGAAAAGCCGAGAGAGACCUUGAAUCAGAUCUGAGUGAAUCACCACUGGACAGUAAAGGUGUGAGCAAAUUGCGACAAAAUACAAUGUCAGUGAAAAAGUGAAGUGACCCAUUAAUUUCACUAACAUAAUGUACAGUACAUAUAUUGUAGUAUAAGUGUUUUCAAACAAGUCGCUACUUGUGUGUCUGAACAUUUUGGCUUCAAUUUAUGGAGGUUGAAGAGUAUGUAACCUGUAACCUGAAAUUUGAUGUCGUAGUUGUAAUAUAGGAGUCAUUCUAUGCAGAAGUGUAAUAUAUUUUUAUAGUAAAAAACCUCAUCUUGACCAACUUUUCAACUCACAAAGUCACUGGAUAUGAUGUCAUUAGAUAAUUGUAGCAGUAAAAAACAAAGGCAAACUAUUCUUCCAAUUUCAUCUAUAAAUGACAUAUCCGGAAACGUUGAUAGUGAAAAAGUUGAUCAAGAUGAUCAGUAAGUUUUUUGCAAUAAAGAUAUAUAAUAUAUUAAUUUCAAAAACUCAUUAAUAAUUCAUGAAGCAAUUAUCCAAUUUUGAGUAAGAAAUUAGUCACGUGCAUACGUCUUUAUACCAGCUAAAGAACACUUUAACAAAAGACCAUUGUUAUGCAAACUAUAUAAAGAUUUUUAUAUAAAGAUUUUUAUAUAAAGAUUUGACUUAUUACGCAAACGUUUUUGAAGCCAUUUAAAAACUCGCAGGUCGUGUUUUAUUAGGUCUAAAGCCACUCGCGCUGCGCGUUCGUGGCUUUAAACCUAAUAAAACACUCCUGCUCGUUUUUUUAAAUAGUACAUUACAUUUCAUAUUUAAGGAAACUGAGAAACAGCAUAUUUAUAUUUUUUUUUAGAAACUAUUUCAGGUAAUCUAAAGUCGGAAUUGGAACUAUUGGCAGAGAAAAGAGAUUACAAAAGGAGAAGACAAUCCUACCGCGCAAAGAAUGUUCAUAUUACCAAACGAACUCCAAUAGAGGUAUGGAAGUCGUAGUUACACUCAGACACUCAUAUUGAGGGACGAGUAAGGUGUCUAGCUCAGUUGGAUUGAGCGCUACACCGGAAUCGCAGAGGCACAGGUUCGAUUCCUGCCUUUUGACCUAUGGUUGCAUUUUUUGCAACUGCUCAAAAUGUACUGAUAAAAUUUACACCCAAAAAUUUCCAUCUACAAAAUACUCCAAGAUUAGGUUAAUCGAGUAAGACACCCAAAAAUUAUUGCGGGGGGGGGGGGGGUUGUCCCUUUCCCCCUCCCUCCCCAAGUGUCCGUCACUAGUUGUACUGUCUUUCAAUUUGCUUGCAUGUUACUACUGUACCUAACAGUCAACAUUUCUGCAUAUGAAGAUCCAUUUCUCUCUUUCGUUUUAGAUCACACGCGAGAUUAUUAACAACAGAAUGGAGGAACUUCAGAAUGUUUACGAAGAAACUAAAAAGGCCCCAUUGCCCUCAAAGGAUAAUGAUGAAAAAUAAAUUCCUAGACUGCGAAAACUGGAUGAUGUAAAGCUAGAGUUUUACACAUUACAACUUUAUAGUAAUAAGUAGGACCUCUUAACACUGUAAACAGGACGAAAAUAUUUUGUUAAAAUAUAUGAAGCUUGCUUAUCACA